UUCACCGUCUGGAUCAGACCCGUCUCCUUGUUAUUCACCUAAAAUGUUUUUCGAGCAUUGAUAUCAAACUUGUUGAUACUCCGUUUAAUAAGACUGCUGAUUAGUGUAGAUGAAAACUAAUGAGCGCACUGUUUUUUAUCUCGCUUUUUUCCGGGUUUCAGUUUUUUGUUAGCUCAAUCGACCUGAAGAUUUUUGAAGGUUGAAGGUAAUCAAUUCUUUAUCUGCACAAUAAGUACAAAGGCUGUUUGAAAACUGAGAAAUUUGCUUCACUAAUUGGGGAGAGUUUUCCAGAAAAAUAACCUUUUUCUCCCUAAAUUUGGUCACUUGUAAGAAAGCCGAGGCUUUUUUCCGAGGUAAUUAUAUAGUCGGUUUGCAAAACAUUCGGUUCCUUGCUAUCAAAUUAUUGCCAAUCGUAGUGGAAGACGCCAUAUGUUUGAUUGGUUUAAAAUUUCUAUCUUUGGGGCCAUGUAUAGAUCAGUUUUGAGAUUACUUGGAUUGAAAAGUAAAUAAAAGCAUUCAAGGUCGACUACAAAAGUGCUGUUUACAGAUCCUCAUGGAUAUGACAGGAGAAAAUAUCAUCAAAAGAAAAAAGUACGAUUUUGAGGUUCAAAUUUCGGAUCAAGCAUGUCUGAAUAUAGCAGAUCGCGGCAACUGCUUAAGUUGUGGCAGGUCUAGAAAGUGGUUUUGUUACGACUGCGCUCGUUGGAGCUCCGGGUUCGACGGAAAGAAAGUUCCGAGAGUUUCACUCCCAUUUCCAUUACAUAUUUUGAAACACAACAUUGAGGUUUCAGGAAAAAGCACGGCUUUACAUGCUGUUAUGCUUGUGAAUUCCCCAUGUAAAUAUCAUGUGUACCCCCGUAUUCCGGAUUAUAGCAAAAUGGCCCGACCAGACUCGGAAAACCCAAACAUUUGGGUGCUUUACCCAUCAAAAACAGCGAAACCAGUACGAGAAAUUGUCGAAGAUUUCCAUCUCAAUUGUUCUGCAGAAAAUAGUUCAUAUUCGUUUGAAGAAUUUUGCAAAAUAAUUGAACUUGAUUUACUAGUUGUUGUUGACGGUACUUGGACGCAAAUUCAUGACUUUUUAGAUGACUUCAGAAUAAAAUCGGCAAAAUCAGUCCGAUUUGUAAAGUUAGUGGAAAUUUAUGAAACCACUUUUUGGAGACCUCAAGGCAAACUGCCGAAGAGUUAUCUCGCCACAAUCGAAGCGUUGUUCUAUUUCAUGAAAGAAUUGCAGUUAGAGUUUGCAAAGUUUACUGCUGCGAAGUGUUUAUCGAAUGAAGACGAACAUAAGUUUGACAAUUUGCUCUUCUUUUAUGAUUUUAUGCUCAAGUGUGUUACGGGAAGAGGAAGUAACCCAUUGGCAUCGUCACCAAAGGACAGUAGUUGAAAAAAAAGGCUAGAAAAAGCUGCCAAAGUUGAUUGUAAUUGAAGCAUCUUGCAGGGUUAAGAAUGGUUAAGUUCCAGAGCUCUAUUAGGUUCGCCGUCUAGUUUUAUAUCGAGAUCAAAAGUAAAAUCUCGCAUCUUUCGACGAA